GUAGCAAAACCGUAACUUCAUAUUAAACUUAAAAUUCAGUAUUUCUUCAACUCUCCGGAUUAUCAUGUCCUAUAUUUCUGUCAGCUCAACUGUAAACAAGUUCUUACGAUGGAGAUAUCUCAGUCUUCCCCAGGGAGACAAAUGUCAAAUCACUUACGUCUGGAUCAGGGACACAAGCAACGAGAUGUGCAGCAAAACUCGAACUGUGGAUUCUGAACCAAAAGGCAUAGCUGAUAUACCAGAAUGGGUGUUUGCUUACCGAACUGAAAGAUCUGUAGCUGAGAUGUUACUGGUUCCCGUUUGCAUGUUCAGAGACCCCUUCUUUUUGGACCCUAACAAACUGGUUUUGUGUGAAGUGUUCGAGCAUACCCGAGAACCUGCAGAAUCAAACCAUCGUAACAGCUGUGACAAAGUCCUGCAGAUGGUCAAAGAACUCCGGCCCUGGUUUGGUAUGGAGCAGGAGUAUACACUUUUAGGAGUGGAUGGACACCCUUAUGGCUGGCCCAGACUUGGCUUCCCCAAACCACAAGGUUCAUAUAACUGUGGGGUUGGUGCUGACAGGGCCUUUGGCAGAGACAUUGUGGAGUGCCAUUUCAAAGCUUGUCUGUAUGCUGGCAUCAAAAUCAGUGGGAUUAAUGCAGAGACCAUGCCCUCUCAGUGGGAGUUCCAGGUGGGACCGUGUGAGGGAAUCGAGAUGGGGGAUCAACUGUGGAUGUCUCGAUUCUUGUUGCACAGAGUGUGUGAAGACUUUGGAGUCCUGGCCACUCUUGAUCCAAAACCCAUGGAAGGAGAUUGGAAUGGAGCUGGUUGUCACAUCAAUGUGAGCACUGUGCACACCAGAGGAGAGGGAGGAAUUGAGCACAUUGAGCGAGCCAUCGAGAAACUGAGAAAUUGUCAUGAUGAGCAUAUUCAAGUCUACGAUCCACAUGGGGGUGAAGAUAACAAACGACGCCUCACAGGUCUUCACGCAACCUCCAGCAUCCAUGAUUUCUCUGCAGGUGUUGCUGAUCGAGGUGCCAGCAUCCGCAUCCCUCGUCUGGUGGCGCAUAACAAAUGCGGUUACUUUGAGGACAGACGUCCUGCUGCCAACUGUGACCCGUAUGUUGUGAUCUGUGCAAUAGCCAGCACGUGCAUGCUGGAGAACAAUGUCAAUGGAUUAAAAUGAUACAAUCAAUUAUUUGUUUAACAAUAUCAGUUUAAUUGAUAUAACAUUUUAAUAUAUUAGCUAAAUGUUUUGCAGAAUAAGUAUUAAAAUGUUUAUCUCAAGCUAAAUCUUAUUAAAUUCAAUGUUAGCCUAAUGCUUGCUGUAUGAGAAAGGUGUUCAUAAAUCAAUAAUUCACUUAUUCCUGCGUUCUAACAUCUUUUGGUUUGAGCUUGUCUAGUAUGGACUGCAUUCCUUGCUGUGUUACUGACUGUCCAUAAGGGGGAGCAAUAGACAAAUGUUUAGCACC